CGGGACAAAAGCGGAAUAUUAUUGUCUUUCUGUUUGGAUAAAAGAGGAGGGAGACGCUGUCAGUAGAUUCAGAACCUGAGUUUGUGCAGCAAAACCAUGGGUAAGGCGGGGAGUAAAGUCCUGAGAGAGACCUCAGAGGAUGGGGUUCCAGACCAGCCUCCCUCUCCUCCUCCUGCUGCUGACCCUGACCCCGACCCUGUCCCUGUCCCUGCUCCUGCUUCUGUUAAAUUUGAAGGACUCACUAAAACAAGCAAGAUGAAGGUGAAAUGGAGCGAUCUGGGUUUGGCCUUCUUCAUCGUGCUGUCCCUGGUGAUGACAGGAUGCUUCUUCUGGCAAUAUCAGAUGCCAAAACUUCUGCCAGAUGAAGGGAGGGGUCGCAAUGCCGAGUCAGAGAUGAUGUGUCCUCGCUUCCCCGAGCCUCUCCAGCUGGAGCAUCCUAUCCCUAGCCUGAAGGAGGCUCUGGAAAAGGUGGAUGCUUUGCUUCGACAGACCGUCAAUCCCGUCAGCCUUCCCUCACUGUCAGCCAUCGUGAUCUUAAACGACACUGUUUUGUGGACUGGUAACUUUGGAAAAAGGAAUAGCAGUGACCCUCUCUCAGGUGCCCCAAAUGAGUACACAAUUUACAGAAUUGCAAGCCUAUCUAAAAUCUUCCCGACCUUGAUGCUGUACAAACUGUGGGAGGACGGGAAGAUUGGCUCCCUGGAUGACCCUCUGGAGAAAUACGUGGAGAACUUUACCAUCAAAAACCCCCUAGGGAAGUCGCGGGACUCGGAGCUGAAGUACGUGACAGACGGUCUGAUAUUUCUUGACAGUGGGGAGGUUCAAAUCCGCUCCUCUUCAGUCACUCUGCGCAGGAUGGCCAGCCAGCUCUCAGGUAAAUACAAAGGGUUAGAGAGCCAGCCUCUGUGAUAUAACACAAGGCAUUGAGAUGCAUGCACA